GAGGUGGGAGACCGUGACUGGGUGCCCCCUACCCCCACCAUCCUCUCUCCUGUCACUGGGACCCCAGAGCUGGCCUCCUCGGACCUCCAAGCUCCUGACCCCAUCUCUGUCCCCAGCCGGGUCAGCUGCGGAGACACAGUCCCUUUCUCUCUCUCCCCAAGCCAAUGAUGGAAGAGGGUCGACCUCGGAGCACCCUCAGCCUGGCCAGCAGCGCCUCUACCAUCUCUUCCCUCAGCAGCCUGAGCACGAAGAAGCCUACCCGGCCAGUGAACAAGGUCCAUGCCUUUGGAAAGAGGAGCAAUGCACUCCGAAGGGACCCCAACCUGCCCGUGCAUCGAGGCUGGCUUCAUAAGCAGGACAGUUCUGGUCUCCGACUCUGGAAACGCCGCUGGUUUGUCCUCUCUGGCCAUUGCCUCUUCUAUUACAAGGACAGCCGCGAGGAGAGUGUCCUGGGUAGUGUCCUGCUACCCAGCUACACUGUUAGGCCAGAUGGGCCGGGAGCCCUCCGAGGACGACGCUUCACCUUCACCGCAGAGCACCCGGGCAUGCGGACCUACGUUCUGGCAGCUGACACCUUAGAGGACCUGCGGGGCUGGCUGCGGGCUUUGGGCCGGGCCUCGCGCGCGGAGGGCGAUGAUUGUGGACGACCUAGGUCACCCGCACAUCCCCAGCCUGGGGAAGGCCCUGGUGGCCCCGGGGGUCCCCCGGAGGUGAUCAGAGGGGAAGAGGGGCGCGUCUCAGAAUCACCGGAGGUGGUUCGGCUCUCCAGAAGUCGUAGCAGAUCUGGGUUGCUUACUCCUAGCCCUACAGUAGACCUGCAGUCUGGCCCCGGGAUUCGGAGGACCAGGAGCCCAGAUCUGUUCACCCCGCUCUCUCGCCCUCCCUCCCCUCUGAGCCUUCCCCGUCCCCGUUCUGCUCCUGCGCGGCGACCCCCUCCCUCAACAGGAGACGCAACACUCCCUGCUCGACCUCACACCCCCUUGAGUCGUAUCGAUGUCCGGCCUCCUCUGGAUUGGGGCCCCCCGCGACAGACCCUCUCCCGGCCCCACACUCCCCGCAGAGGACCUUCCUCCGAAGGUGGCGGAGGACGACCGCCCAGGAGCCCCCAGCUUUGGAGUCAGGAGCCCAGGACACAGGCCACCUCUGGCUCUUCCACUUACCUCCAGCUUCCCCCAAGACCUCCUGGGACUCGGGCCUCCAUGGUUUUAUUGCCAGGUCCUCCCCUGGACUCAACCUUUCAUCAAAGCUUGGAGACAGAUACUCUUCUGACCAAGUUGUGUGGGCAGGACCGGCUCCUGAGGAGGCUGCAGGAAGACAUGGAUCAGCGGCAGGAGGAGAAGGAGCAGCUAGAGGCGGCCCUGGAGCUGACCCGGCAGCAGCUGGGCCAGGCCACCAGGGAAGUGGUGGCGCCUGGGAGGGCCUGGGGUCGCCAGCGCCUCCUGCAGGACCGGCUGGUCAGUGUGAGGGCCACUCUUUGUCACCUGGCUCAGGAGCGAGAGCGGGUCUGGGACACAUACAGAGGUUUGGAGCAGGAGCUGGGCACCUUACGAGAGACCCUUGAGUACCUGUUACAUCUCGGGUCCCCACAGGACAGAGCAUCUGCCCGGCAGCAGCUGUGGAUGGUAGAAGACACGCUGGCAGGUCUGAGUGGCCCCCAGAAACAGCCUCUGCCCACUGAACCUGAGUCCCCGUCCCCUGUGCUCCAAGGCGAGGAGUCCUCAGAGAGGGAGAGCCUGCCUGAGUCCUUGGAACUAAGUUCUCCUCGGUCCCCGGAGACUGACUGGGGGCGGCCCCCUGGAGGUGACAGAGAUCUUGCCAGCCCUCACUCAGGUCUUGGGUCUCCCAGGGUUUCCAGGGCUUCCAGCCCUGAGGGUCGCCGCCCAUCCUCCCCGCAGCUGGGAACCAAGGCCCCUGUGGGUCGACCCCGCAUGAGUGCCCGGGAGCAGCUGGAGCGCAUGCGCAGGAACCAGGAACGUGGACGGCCUCUCCCACGCCCAGCCUCCCCCAGCCUCCUCAUCCUGGGGAGGACGCUGUCCCCAACCAGACGUCAGCCCGACAUGGAGCAAAGAGUGAGGCCUGCCUUAGGAUCUGCAAAAUGGCUCAGAAGCUCGGGGUCCUGGAGCAGUGUGAGGAACACCACUUCUUACUUGCCGACAUCCGAAGGCCACCGGGAGCGGGUUCUCAGUCUCUCCCAAGCGCUGGCCACUGAAGCGUCGCAGUGGCACAGAACGAUGACAGCAUCUCCAGAUGGAAAUUCGGAGUCCGGGGGAGACCCUCACCCCGCUACGCCGUCGCCUCCGUCAGACCCCACGCCCCAGGUGGCCUCGCCCCCACGAUCUCCAGUCGCUAACUCGGCAUCCCUGGGAUUCUCACGCCAGGGUAGUGGGAGAGGCAGAGGCCCUGCCCCCUGGGAGCCCACGUGGGACGCUGGGAGUGCCCCUCCCGCCCUGACUCAGGACGAGGGGUCGUGGCCCCUGAGGGUCACGCUGUUACAAUCCAGCUUUUGACUUGAGCAAACACGGCAGCCAAUAGGGUUGUGGGGGCGUGGCCUGAAGACCUCUGAAAAAUGGGCCGAGCACUGGGGGCGUGUUCUGGUCAGAACCUGUGGUCUAAGAGGGGCGUGGUAACUAUGGUCAAAGUUUGGU